AUGGCGCCAUCAGCCAUUGAAGUUCAAGACCCUCUUCCUAUCGCAUCCCACAUCAAGGAUGUUAGAAUUCCAAAGAAAGAUACACUUCCUCUUCCGCAAGCUGCCCGCACUCGCCUCGAGGCAGCAGGGAUCGAUCUGAGCAAAGGGUAUCCAGAACGACCAGCCGCUCCGUUGUUCCUCGACGAUGCGAUAUCAAUUCGAAAUGUUGAGCGCGAACACAUCGAUGCUGGUGCACGAGCUGACAAGAGCAAAAGUGCUCUUUUUCGUGCUGCCAAGGAGGUUAUAAAUCUCACCUCGCAUAUCGGAACCGAGAUUGUUGGACUUCAACUGAAAGAUCUUACCGAUCAGCAAAGAGAUGAGCUGGCAUUGUUGAUUGCCGAGAGAACGGUAGUUUUCUUCCGUGAUCAAGACAUUACUCCCCAGCAGCAGAAGAGCCUCGGUGAGCAUUUUGGCGAAGUCGAGAUUCAUCCUCAAGUUCCGCAUGUCCCAGGUGUUCCAGGUGUCACUAUCAUUUGGCCAGCUCUAAUGGCCACGGAGAGGAGUGCGUCAUUCAGAAAUCCAGGAGGAGCUGCAAGAUGGCAUACCGAUCUUGUCCAUGAGCUUAACCCUGCUGGAAUCACUCAUCUCCACAACGACACUGUUCCAACAGUAGGAGGCGAUACGCUCUGGGCAAGCGGAUACUCAGCAUACAACAAACUCUCACCAGAUUUCCGCAAAAUCAUCGAUGGCAAGAAAGCCAUCUAUAGAAGCGCGCACACGUACUUAGACCGCAACGAUCCAAACGCCGGACCACAACAUAUCGAGAGAAUUCAUCCUCUGGUUCGCGUCCAUCCGGCUACAGGCUGGAAAUCAUUGUUCGUUAACCGAGCCAUGACCAAAUCGAUCGUUGGACUCGACAAGGCUGAAAGUGAUGUCAUUCUGAAUUAUCUGUAUGAUGUGUAUGAGAAGAAUGUUGAUAUUCAAUUGAGGUUCAAGUGGACCCCUAGAACGUCCGCGCUCUGGGAUAAUAGAAUUUCGAUCCAUAAUGCUAGUUGGGAUUAUGAAAACGGGGAGCCGAGACAUGGAACGAGAGUGACUAGCUUAGCGGAGAAGCCUUAUUUCGAUGCGUCAGCUCCAUCCCGUAGAGAGGCUCUUGGACUUGAGGAUAAUUAG